CGACCGUAUGGUGUGUCACUGUUGGAGAAUUAUGUGUAUGUUACUAGUUGGAGGGAUGAUACAAUUAAGAAAAUAAAUAGAUUUAACAGCCAUAAUGUCACUGAAUUUCACACAAAUUUCUCCGAACCAAUGCAUGUACAUGUGUUUCAUCGACAAAGACAACCAGAUGUUGAUCAUCCCUGUGGCACUUCAAAUGGUGGCUGUCAACACAUAUGCAUUCCACUAUGGGAAGAUAAAAAACCUGUUGCUUCAUGUCGUUGCCAGCCGGGACAUAUACUUGGCCCUGGAGGCUCUUGUGUAGAACGUGAACUACAUGCCUUUCUGAUAUAUGCUAAAGGUCGGCCUGGAAUGAUAAAAGGAAUUUCUCUAGAUGAGCCAGAUUCAUCAGAGGUCAUGGUACCCAUCACGUCUCUUACUCGUCCUACAACUCUUGAUUUUGAUGUCAGAACUCAGUUCAUUUAUUAUGCUGAUAUUCAAAGGUUUGUGAUAGAGCGACAGAGUUUAGAUGGAACAAAGAAAGAGCCAGUAGUGACAUCUGCUGUAUUAAAUGUAGAGGGCUUGGCAGUUGACUGGAUGGGACGCAAUAUCUACUGGACUGAUGAGGGUGUAUCAUCCAUAUUUGUAUGCUCAAUGGAAGACUCAGAAAAGCGUAAAAUGCUUCUUCAUGGGAACUUGACCAAUGCUAGAGCUAUUGUUUUAAAUCCGGGUGAAGGUUACAUGUACUGGACAGUGUGGCAAUUUAGUGUUGGUGAUGAAGGGCUUAUUGAGAGGGCUUGGAUGGAUGGUACAAACAGGGAGCCUUUCAUUACCACAGGACUUCAGUGGCCAAAUGGUUUAACAGUAGACUUUGCAGAGCGUCACCUUUACUGGUGUGAUGGCUAUCAUAAUGUUAUAGAAAGAGUAAACCUUGAUGGAACUGGAAGAGAGGUGAUGUUGCGAGAAGAUGUACUGAAUCAUCCGUAUGGCCUAGCUUACCAUAAUGGGUUUAUAUACUGGUCAGAAUUCCAGAAUGGCACAAUCAAACGCGUUAACCUUGGUAGUCAAGAUGCCCCAGAGAAGCUCCGAGUAGAAAACCCAUAUAUUUUUGAACUGAAAGUUUUUACUAAUACUAGUCAGAGUGAUAGUAAUGAAUGUACAAAUGGAAGCAUGCAUUGUGAUCAUUUGUGCCUUGCCACUCCAGAGGGUCCUCAUUGUGAUUGUGCAACGGGUUUUGAGCAAGAUUCUCAAAAUCCUAGUCUAUGUCAUCCCAUCACAAACUUUACACAGCCUACCUUUUGUAAUGAAGAUCAGUUUCAGUGUAAGAAAAAUCUGCGCUGCAUUGAUGAAAGAUAUUUAUGUGAUGGUGACAAUGACUGUCUAGACAACAGUGAUGAAGAUAUGUCUCCUGGAGGUAUCUGUGAGGCUGCUCAGUGCCAUGAGGACAUGUUCAAGUGUGGAAACAACCAUUGUAUUGACGCUUAUUGGGUCUGUGAUGGUGAUAGAGAUUGUGAAGAUGGAUCUGAUGAGAGCCCUGAGGAGUGUACACUUCCUCAGUGUCCAGACAAUAAAUUCAGGUGUCAUAAAUCAGGUCGCUGUAUUGCUUCAUCGUGGGUUUGUGACAUUGAUAAAGACUGUGGUCCUGAUGAUGAUUCAGAUGAGCACCAAGGCUGCAGUAAGUUUCAUAGGUAACUUUUAUGAGUAAAUGCAUAUCUGUCAAAAUUUCAAGCUUGCUUACAAAUACAGGCGGCCCGAGGUUAACAGCGCAAUCGCUCUGCGGCGAAUCGGUUUUAUGGCUGUUGUCAAAAAUAUUCAUUAAAAAAUAAGGCAUUUUAAGGUAUUUUUACGGCACAAUUUUCGGUCAACAGUGCCGCU